AGGGCUAGCCGUUUCAGGUCAAACAUGUGGGUCAUCGAUUGGGCGAAAUCCCAUCCGCAGGCCGCGGCGUUGUACACAUGCUUCGCGGUCGGCGUUCUCGUCGUUUACAGGACCCUCACCACAAAGGCUACUGGCGAGUAUGAUUAUAUCCUUACGCUGUCGGCCGCUCUGCAGACGCUCGCUUUCGGCCUGCUGGAUUUUGACACCAAGAGCAACGUAGGCGAGGGGCUCAGCGAGAAGACGCUCGUGGCUUUCCUGCUCGCCCACAUGGCCAGGACGAGCACGACCUUCACCGGCGAGGGCUACAUCCCCGAGGACAACACCGCCGACGUAUACUUGUACCAGCUGCUAGAGGUUGCUGGCGUGGCCUUCCUGGCGCACAAGUUGAACAAGGUGAAGGCCGCGAGGUCCAUGAACCAGAUCGCCCAGGGCGUGGAGCGAUGGAGCCUAGUUGGGAGCAUGGUCGGCCUCGCGCUGGCGCUCGGGUACUUCACGAAGAGCACGGGGCACAACCAGUUCUGGAUGGACUGGGCCUGGAUGGCGUCCGUCUGGCUGGAGGCGUUCGCGCUCUUCCCGCAGGUGUACUUGCUCAUUUCCGCCGCGGCCCCCUACGUGGACGACACGGCGGUGCACUUCGCAGGCCUCACGCUUAGCGCCAGCGGCUUCUUCGCCCUCUUCUGGGGCAGGGCGGCCAAGGUAACGGAGGAUUAUGACAUGUUUUCGACCGAGCACCGGCGCCGACAACGCGAUCCCACGGAGGAUAGGUACAACGAGUUCGAGAAAACCGGCGAGCACCUCUUUUUCAUCGCCAUCAUGGGCGCGGUCAUGGUCCGGGUGACCCUCUGCUCGGCGUAUUUCUACGUCUUCAUGAAAACAUCGCGAGGUCACAAGGGGGCCCUGGUGUCCAGCGGCAAGGGCGAGUACGAGCUGUGCAUGUCAGAUGACCAGACCGACUUUGACGAGCUGUGACCCGUCGCGCGGGAGGGGCCCAGAGGCGGGUGCCAGCCUCGCGGGCCCAGCAUUUAUUCAGCUGGUAUGAGUUACAGUUGUAUUUUCCGUCGUGCGCCCGCCACAAGCCCUUCGUGCUUCUGUCAUCCCCGUCUGCCCCUUCUGCCUCCCCCACUGAUCCUCCACC